AUAGCGUGUUAAAUUUUGAAAUUUAGGGUUUUGGUUGAUUUUGUUAAAAUGUAUAUGCUGAAAUACAGGCUGAAGAAUCUAGUCAACAAUGCAAAGCGAUUUUGCUUUAUUUGAGUGUUGUCUAGGACUAGGAGGUUUUAACUGAUCAAAGCAAUCAGACAAGUGUUCUGAUUCAAAGUUUCUCUCAGAGGCAUACCUGAAAGGAAUUGUAUUUGCGAAACUGUUUCAUUGAAUAAUGAACUACGUUUGAUAAUUGAUCAUAUUUUGUUUAAAAAACAGACUGAAAUAUUUUGUAUAAUUUGGUGUUUUUGAUAAAUAUUUGAAAUGUUUAGAUGAAAUGAGAAUGUAGAUUAAACAUGUGGAAAGGAACUGAUGAACGAGUUUGUGUAAUUAGGUGGCUAAUUACAGAAAAAUCUGUUGCAGCAUAGGUCAAGGAAUUUCAAAUAGAAGUUUUUUAUUGUUAUUUAGGAGAAUUUUGCAUAAUUUGAUUGAUUCUAAUGAGUGUAACUGUGAUUUUACUGAAUGCUGACAUUUGGGUAUUAGGCGGAUACUUGCAGAAAAAAAUGGUGAAUGUAAAUAGGUAUCUGAAAGUAGUCUUGAUGCUGAACUUAUUGUGGAUUAUAACGCUAAAAAAUUGCUGUAGAAAUGGUUGAAAUGGUCAUAAUCUUAUAAUAGAAAUAUUUCUCUAAACCAUGAUGAGGAUGUUGCUAUUGGUGAACUGUCCCAACAUUUAAUAAUAAGUAACUCACAUAUAUGAAAAAUUGAAAAUGACAUUAUGUACUAGUGUUAAAAUGUUAAUAAAGGAGAAGACUAGUUCUUGUCACAAUUGGAUAAUUGACCGCUCUCCCAUGUAAAAACCUAAAAUGUUAAUCAAGGAGAGUAUCUUAGGAAGGUUACAGUAAAAAUAAUAUUUCAGGUAUUUGUUGAAUAGAUAAUAAUGCUACCGAAAGAGCCAAGCAGCCCAAAUUGACUAGUUCAUGUUCACUUAUUUUAUAUCUUAGGAAGGUUACACUGAAAAUGCCUGUGAUUUAGGAACCAUAUGAAUUUCCUAGUAAUUCUUCAAUUUCAUAUCUAAGAGCAUGAGCAUCCAUCUGAGACUUUUCAGAGGAUGUGGAAUAUUCUGGAGAGAAGAGGUGAAGGUGACAAUGAAGCUCUGGUCAAAGAGUGGAUGAGAAGACUGAAAGACUUAAGCUUACGAUUGGAGGACUUGUUCGAGGAGGUUUCCUUGGCUGACAAAGGGGAUGAACGAAUAUCUGCAGGUAUGCUUACUAAACACAUAUGUAUGCCAUGUUCAUCUUCACCUCGUGUUAAGAUUAAUAAAAAGAUUUCCCAAGAGUUCAAGAUUAUUAUGAUGGAGUUGAAAGGUAUUAGAUCAGAUAUGUUUAGCCUUAAUCUUAGGGAGCUUUCCUUUGAAGAAAAACGUGUGCUUAAAUUUAUGAAUGUGAGGGAAACACAUUCGUUUGUCUUGGAAGAAGAGGUGAUCGGUAGGGUUAAUGACAAGAAUGUGAUUGUAGAGAUGUUGUUGAAUUCUGAUCAUUCUGAAGCAAAUGUGUCUAUCAUUCCGAUUGUUGGGAUUGGGGGACUAGGGAAAACUACACUUGCUCAACUUGCUUAUAAUGAUGAAAGUGUUCAGCAACAUUUUGAGCUGAUUGGUUGGGCAUGCAUUAAUGGGAUCUGUAGGUUGGAAGAGUUAGCUAGGAAAAUUCUUAAUGCAUUCACUGAUAUUUUAAAUGAUGAUUAUCAGCAGUUCAACAUGGAACAGAUUCAAUCAUGUCUUCGAGAUGUUUUAAAUGAUAAGAGAUACUUACUUGUAUUGGAUGACAUGUGGGAUGAAGACCGUGAGAGAUGGCUUAUCUUAAGGCAGCUUUUAGUCAGAGGUAAGCAAGGAAGUAAAAUAAUUGUCACUUCUAGGUCUGGUCUGGUUGCUCAAAACCUAGGCACAGUUGAGCCGUAUAAACUGGGGGGCUUGCAUGAGGAGGAGUCGUGGGCCUUGUUUGAAAGCCUAGCAUUUAAGAAGGGACAACAAAAAAGGAACCCGAAUCUCAUAAGCAUCGGUCAAGAGAUAGUAAAGAAGUGUGCCAACGUUCCCCUUGCCAUAAGGACCGUUGCGGGUCUUCUAUAUUCUAAAGAUACCGAGCAGGAAUGGAAGUAUUUCGAGAAUAGUGAGCUCAGAAUGAUAGAACAAAAUGACAGCAGUAUCAUGUCAACAUUGAAAUUGAGCUAUGAUCACCUACCAUCACACUUAAAGCAGUGCUUAGCUUAUUGCUCCUUGUUUCCCAAGGAUUAUGAAAUUGAUAAGCAAUGUCUGAUUUACCUUUGGAUUGCACAAGGGUUCAUUAGGUCUUCAAAUUGCAAUGAAAGUCUUGAGGAUAUUGGUCAUGCAUAUUUCAUGGAAUUGCUAAGAAGAUCUUUCUUUCAAGAUGUUACACGAGAUGAGUUUGAUGAUAUAAUCAGCUGCAAGAUGCACAGUCUAAUGAUUGACUUUCUGCGGAAUGUGGCAUCAGAUGAUUGUGCUUUGGUAGAAAGGCCUCAGCAGCGGAUUAGUGAUUGUGUCUGUCACUUGAGCUUGAUUGCAGAAGCAUCGAACGGAACUCCAGCCAAAAUGCGGUCUCUUCUGGUGCUUUCAGAUUCUGUGCCACAAAAUAUAGAUAAAAUCUUUUCCACCAUGAAGCGUUUACGCUCCUUGGACUUGUCCAAUGUGAGCUGCAAGAGCCUUCCAAAUUCUAUUGAGAAGCUGAAGCACCUAAGGUAUAUUAGACUCGGUGCCUAUCUUGAAAAUCUCCCUGAAGGCAUCACAAAGCUCAGGAACUUGUGUACACUGGAUAUUCAGAGGUGUUCCAAGCUGAAGAAAUUGCCAAAAAGCUUCAACAAAUUGAUCAAACUCAGGAACCUGCAUAAUGGAGAGAGAUUGACUGAUUUGCCACCUGCGUUUGGUCGAUUAACAUCUCUUAGGGCACUUGACAUUUUUAUAGUUGGGGAAAGUAACGGACUUGAUGCACUGGCUAGAUUGAAUGGUCUUGCUGGAGAUUUGAAAAUCCGGUUUGUAAAACAUCGUGAGAAAGCUGUAUUAGAAGCUAGAGUAGCAAGUUUGAAAGACAAGAAGAUAACAAACUUAUUCUUGACGUGGUCAUCAUCAUAUGAGGAUCAAGUUGAUGAUGGUGAGGAGGAAGAGGUUUUAAAGUAUUUGAUGCCUCCUUCGUCUCUCAAACGUUUGAAAGUUUGGAAUUGGCAAGGAGUGCAACUUCCACAAUGGGGGAUGAACAAGUUUCCUUACCUUUUUUCUAUAUCUAUCAGAUCUUGCCACAGAUGUCAUCAUCUCCCAAGCUUCAGUAAACUUCCUCAUCUCAGGUUUCUUCGUCUUUGGGCACUUAGUUCGUUGGAGUACAUUGAGAGUGGUGGUGAUGAUAAUGAGAAUUCUUCUGCAGGUGAAUACUUUCCUUCUUUAGAAAGUUUGUGGUUGUUAGAUUUGCCUGAAUUAAGAGGAUGGUCAAGAUUUGAGGAUACUGUUGAUACUCGUAGAAACGAGCAUAACAAUCACCAUCUAUUAUCUCAGAAGCUAGUAUUCCCUUGCCUUUCUGAACUUGGGAUAGAAGGUUGCCCCAAGAUGAUGUCGAUUCCCGUUGUGCCAAAACUCGAGUCCCUGAAUGCAAAUGAGAUUCAUGGGAAGCUACUAAAAGAUCUUUUGUCGGCAGAUGAAUCAUUGAGGUCGCUCCAUGUUCAUUCAGUGCAGGAAUUAGUUUCUUUCUCUAUCAAUCUUUUUACUGGAAAAACUCUAACAAUUUCAGAAUGUCAAGAGCUGACCCACCUGACUGCUGAAUCUCCAACCAUUCUCCAUCGACUUGUAAUUGAUGAAUGUUGCAGUUUGAAAGACAUAUCAAGUGCACUAGUACAUCUUUCUCUCCUCCAGGAACUGGAAAUUCGGCAUUGUAAAGAGUUGGAUUUGGGAUAUAGAUCAACAACUUGGAAAGGUCUCAAGAGACUUCGUACCUUGGAAUUAUCGGACAUCCCAAAUUUGGAGCUCCUACCGGAGGAAAUUAGUAGCCUCACCACACUCCAGACAAUAAAACUUGUCAGUCUCACCAACUUAAGAGCCCUAUCAGAUUGGAUCGCGAACCUCAACCAGCUUCACUUGCUUGAAAUUCGGGAAUGUCCUAGGCUGUUGGCGCUUCCACGAUCUUUCUGUAAUAUUACUUCUUUGCAUGAACUAAGGAUCUCUCAAUGUCCCAAUCUUCUCACAAGGUGUAGGUACCCAGAUGGCGAUGAUCGGACACUUAUUCAACACAUCCCUAAUAUCCAUGUGGGAUAAUCCCUCAUCAGCUACUAAUCAGUAAGUAAUGGAUGUCACACACAUGUGAAUAUGGGGUGUUUGGCAAUUUGGUUGUUGGCUGUUGGCCUAUCUUGUAGCAUGGAAUUUUUGGUAGUUGUUAAGCUACAUGUUCAUUUGUUAUGUGGACACUUAUUAAAGCAAAAGUGGGUUAAAAAGCCAAAAGCCAAUGGUUGUGUUAGAAGUCAAUUUUUCAGCCGGCUUAAAAGUCAUUUACUAAACACUUUUUUUAUUGUUUGACCAGUCAAAAAAACAAAAGUCGUAAGUCAAUCAAAAA